UGAUCAAACACCAGGUCCAUUUUGCAUGGUGACAAGCUGGCCGGCCGAUUUUCCCGCGCCGAUUUUAUUAUUCGACCUGCCACCAUUCUGAUGUGGUUUCCGGUAAGAUUGUGGUUUUGUGAUGUGGACUCAUGCGUGUCGUUGUGAACCGACUUUAGAAGUUUGGAUUCUUUAAGUUGUCGACGGGUUCAAACACGUUUCUUUCGAUCUAGAAGUUGAUCGAAUUGGUGUCGCAGGGAGGAGUGUCGAGCCGCGUCGGACCCCGUCCACGCUUCUCACGAUUUCACCGAAAGAAGUGACACCUCUGUAGAUAAUGAUGCCGCAAAGAGCCAGUUGUGGUGCUCAAAUCUUGGCCACCAUCGUGAUGCUUCUCGUGACAGGCCAAGUCUUCUCGAACGCUCGAAAAACUGGACACGGAGAAGACCCACCUGAAAUCACAACCAAACCCCGUAACUUGCAAGUGAAGGCGGGCGGUGUGGCCGCCUUCUAUUGCGCCGCCAGGGGUGACCCGCUUCCCGUCAUUCAAUGGAAGAAGAACGGCAAGAAAGUUUCCAGUUCACAAACUCGUUAUCAGGUGAAGGAUUUUCCGGACGGAUCGGCGCUACUUCGUAUUGACCCCGUUAAGACCGGCAGGGAUGACGCCAACUACGAAUGUGUGGCCGAGAACGGAGUGGGGGAUGCUGUCAGUGCUGAGGCCACGUUGGUCGUUUUCGAAGCGGACAAACUGCCGCCCGGCUUCCCGCAGAUCGUCCAAUCGCCGGUCACGAACAAAGUGGUCGAAAUUGGACACAACACCGUGUUGCAAUGCAAGGCGACUGGGAAUCCAACGCCGAAAAUAACGUGGCUCAAAAACAUGCUUCCGGUAAACACCACGAACAACCCCCGGUAUAUGAUCCGGGACGACAUGCCAGGUUCCUUGCAGAUAAGAAGCAGCGAGGAAAAGGAUCACGGCAAAUAUGAGUGUGUGGCGGAGAACAGUAUCGGAACUGACUAUUCGAAGCACGCUCUACUUUAUGUUAAAGUGCGAAGGGUGUCGCCCCAAUUCUCGAUUCCGCCGCCGCCCGUUCACGAGGUAAAACUGGGCGACGACCUGAAUUUGACCUGCGUGGCAGUCGGAUCGCCGAUGCCGUUCGUUAAGUGGCGCAAGGGAUUGGCACAGGAGCUCACGCCCGAGGACAAGCUGCCGAUUGGCAAGAACACGCUGGAACUGACCAACAUCCAGGAGUCGGCCAAUUACACUUGUGUGGCGGCCAGCGCACUCGGCAUCAUAGAGACCCAUGUUCAGGUUAAAGUACAAUCAUUACCGGGACCACCAAUAAACGUAAAGGUGUCAGAAAUAGCAGCAACGUCUGUCAGAUUGACCUGGUCAUACAACGGACCUGAAGAUCUCACGUACUAUGUCAUCCAGUUCAAGCCGAAAUACGCGAACCAGGCGUUCAGUGAAAUUAGUGGCAUCAUCACCAUGUUCUACUCUGUUCGCAAUCUCAGUCCUUACACCGAAUACGAGAUGUAUGUGAUCGCUGUGAACAAUAUUGGUCGUGGACCACCUAGCGCCCCCGCCAUCGUCACCACAGGCGAAACAGAACCGGGAACCGCUCCGAGGAACGUUCAAGUCCGACCACUAAGUUCCAGCACCAUGGUGAUCCAAUGGGACGAGCCGGAAACGCCAAAUGGACAAGUUACUGGAUACAAAGUGUAUUACACGACCGAUUCUCAAUUAUCAAUGGCCCAGUGGGAGUCGCAAGUAGUCGAUAACAAUCAGUUGACAACAAUCAGUGAGCUAAAACCUCACACGAUUUACACAAUUAGAGUGCAAGCCUUCACAUCUGUGGGACCGGGACCUUUGAGCCCACCGGUUCACGUCAAAACGCAGCAAGGUGUGCCCAGCCAGCCGAGUAAUUUACGCGCGUCGGAUAUCGGUGAGACGUCGGUCACGUUGCAGUGGAGCAAACCGACUCAUUCCGGUGAAAGUAUAGUGAGUUACGAACUGUAUUGGAACGAUACGUACGCAAAAGAGAAACACCACAGACGCAUACCGAUCUCUGAGUCGUACAUGUUGACCGGACUCUAUCCGAACACUCUGUAUUACGUGUGGCUGGCGGCCAGAUCGCAGAGGGGCGAGGGUGCUACCACGCCGCCCAUUCCGGUGCGAACCAAGCAGUAUGUACCGGGCGCUCCGCCCGGCAACGUAGCGGGGGAGCCGGUAAGUCCGACUGCCAUCAAAGUGAGCUGGGACCCGCCGCCGGCCAAUCGCAGCAACGGCAACAUUAUUUACUACAAGCUGCAGUUCGUGGAGGCCGACAGGUCCGACAGCGAGGCCUCCGUGAUUAAAUUAAACGCCACCAGCUUCGAGCUCGACGAGCUCAAGCGCUGGACCACUUAUCGUAUUUGGGUAUUGGCCGGGACGUCCGUUGGAGAUGGGCCGAUCUCGUUUCCCAUCACCGUUCGAACCCAUGAAGAUGUGCCCGGUGAUCCACAAGAUGUCAAAGUGGUCCCUAUUAAUUCUACCAGCAUCAAAGUCUCCUGGAAACCUCCCCAGACCAGAGACCGCAAUGGCAUCAUAUUGGGUUACCACGUUCACGUCCAAGAGACCAAAGAAGAGGGGAGAAACUUCCUGAACGAACCAAUGAGGUUUGACGUUUUCGGGGAUGAUGUCCUUGAGCUGAACGUCUCUGGCCUACAACCGGACACAACCUAUGCCAUUCAAGUGGCUGCGUUGACCAGAAAAGGAGACGGCGAUAGAAGCACACCUGUUAACAUUCGGACACCUGGGGGUGUUCCCAAUAGACCCGAACUAACCAUCAAGAUUAUAGAACGAGAACCAACAGUUACAAUCGAAUUGGAAUGGUCCCGACCGUCACAAACGUACGGCGAAUUGAAAGGCUACAGACUCAGAUACGGAGUGAAAGAUCAAGUGUUAAAAGAGUACAAUUUAAAAAGUAAUCACAAUAAUUAUAGAAUAAACGAUUUGGAACGAGGUGUUGAGUACGAGUUCCGUAUAGCUGGUCAAAAUCACAUCGGUGUAGGUCAAGAGAACAUCAAAACCAUGAACACGCCUGAAGGACCGCCCACUGGACCUCCAACCAACAUAACUCACCAUUUUCAGACGCCCGAUGUUGUUUGUGUGACCUGGGAUCCGCCCACCAAAGAUCACCGCAACGGACAAAUUGUUAAGUACGAUAUCCAGUUCCAUAAAAAAAUGGACCACAACAACAUUAUAAUUCGCAACGUGUCCCAUACUAAAGCGGUUUUCACCAAUCUGGAGGAGAACACUGAAUACGUGUUUCAUAUCAAAGCGUAUACCAAUCAAGGAGCUGGUCCAAACAGCGAAAAAUUUACGAUCCAAACUGACAGAGAUAUCGGCAGGGCUCCCAUGUCGGUUAAGGCCGUGGCUACGUCGGAUUCGAGCGUGGAAGUAUGGUGGGAACAUGUGCCUUCUAGAGGAAAAGUUGUAGGUUAUCAAAUUUUUUACACGAUGACAGCCGUUGAAGAUUUAGAUGAAUGGCAGCAAAAGGCCGUUGGAUUAACGGAGUCUGCCGACCUAGUUAAUUUAGAAAAAUAUGCGCAAUACGCAAUUGCUGUGGCAGCUAGAAUGAAAAAUGGUUUAGGUAGAUUAUCGGAGAAGGUGACAGUUAAAGUUAAACCUGAAGACGUACCGCUGAAUUUGCGCGCCCACGAAGUAACCACGCACUCAAUGACCCUGUCAUGGUCUCCGCCAAUUAGGUUAAAUCCAAUUAAGUAUAAAAUAGCAUUCGAUGCUAUCAAGGAGUUCGUCGAUUCACAAGGAAUAACUCAAACUCAAAUCAUACCGAAAGUUGAGUUGAUCCUUAGCGACGAUGUAAAAACCCAUACAAUCAAUGAACUAUCCCCAUUUACCACUUAUAAUGUUAAUGUUAGUGCAAUCCCCACUGAUCAUUCGUACCGUCCACCGACCAAAAUCACGGUCACCACUCAGAUGGCAGCUCCUCAGCCGAUGGUAAAACCUGAUUUCUACGGAGUGGUGAAUGGAGAAGAGAUCCAAAUCAUUUUACCUCAAGCUUCAGAAGAAUAUGGUCCAAUCAGUCAUUAUUUCCUAGUUGUAGUACCAGAGGACAAACAGACAAUACAUAUGAAUCCUGAUCAAUUUCUGACUGAUAACUUAAUCACAAAUAUAGUUAAGGUACCUGAGGAUAGAACCCUACCUUAUAUUGCAGCUAAAUUUCCUCAAAGAAAUAUUCCGUAUACCUUCCACCUUGGAACUGACGAAGUGAACGACGGAUUUCAUAACUACAAGUUGGAACAUGGUAAAAGAUACAGAAUAUUUGUGCGAGCAGUAGUGGAUACUCCACAGAAACAUUUGUAUACUAGUAGUCCGUUUUCGGAAUUUUUAUCGUUAGACAUGAGAGAAGUACCCCCCGGCGAUCCACCCCUACGACCCAACCCCAAUGAGCCAAGCAACAAUGACGUGAAAGUGAGCUCACAGCGUAAGGAGGCUGGCGUUUUAUGGAUCAUCGGGCCAAUUAUAGCAGCUUUAUUGUUAUCCAUUAUUCUAGUGAUAUUGUUUAUAUUUAGAAAAAGAAGGCAGCCUUGUAAAACUCCAGAUCAGGCAGCUGUAACAAGGCCGCUAAUCCCCGCCGACCUUAACAACACUACGGCACCGAGCGAUCCGGUGGAGAUGAGAAGGUUAAACUUUCAAACUCCCGGCAUGAUGUCGCAUCCUCCAAUUCCAAUUUCGGAAUUGGCUAAUCAUAUUGAAAGACUGAAAGCUAAUGACAACAUGAAAUUCUCUCAAGAAUACGAGAGCAUUGAACCCGGACAGCAGUUCACAUGGGAUCACUCGAACAUGGAAGUAAACAAACCGAAGAACAGAUACGCGAAUGUAAUAGCUUACGAUCACAGUCGAGUCAUAUUACCUACUGAGGACAAUCUACUGGGGAGCGACUACAUUAACUCCAACUAUUGCGAUGGUUAUAGAAAACACAAUGCUUACGUGGCCACUCAAGGACCUUUGCAAGAAACUUUCGCAGACUUCUGGAGGAUGUGCUGGGAACUUAAAACUGCUACAAUAGUAAUGAUGACAAAAUUAGAAGAACGUACUAGAAUAAAAUGCGACCAAUACUGGCCAACCAGAGGGACAGAAACUUACGGCUCAAUGUCCGUCUCCAUAACGGACGUUCAAGAACUGGCCACCUAUUGUAUCAGAACCUUCCAAAUUCAUCGACAAGGCCACAGUGAGAGGAGGGAAAUCAAGCAGUUACAGUUUACAGCUUGGCCUGACCACGGAGUGCCGGAUCAUCCGGCACCGUUCUUGCAAUUCUUACGACGAGUGCGCAGUUUGAAUCCCGCCGAUGCCGGUCCUAUAGUCGUACAUUGCUCGGCAGGGGUGGGACGAACGGGAUGUUUCAUAGUCAUUGAUUCAAUGUUGGAAAGGAUGCGCCACGAGAAAACAGUCGAUAUUUAUGGCCACGUGACUUGCCUGAGAGCUCAACGAAAUUACAUGGUUCAAACCGAGGACCAGUACAUUUUCAUUCACGACUCUCUGUUGGAGGCGGUGAUUUGCGGUGUGACCGAGGUGCCGGCCCGCAAUUUGCAUUCGCACAUUCAGAAACUCAUGCAGUUGGAACCAGGUGAAAAUAUUACCGGAAUGGAGCACGAAUUCAAGAAGCUCGGAAACAUUAAGACUGACUCAACUCGCUUCAACACUGCAAAUUUGCCCUGCAAUAAGCACAAAAACCGAUUAGUACAUAUCUUGCCGUUCGAGAGUACCAGAGUUUGUUUGCAACCUAUGCGUGGUGUGGAAGGGUCCGAUUAUAUCAAUGCUAGUUUCGUCGAUGGCUAUCGUUAUCGGAAGGCGUACAUUGCUACACAAGGUCCGUUGCAAGAUACAACCGACGAUCUAUGGAGAAUGCUAUGGGAACACAAUUCCACAAUCAUUGUCAUGUUGACAAAACUCAAAGAAAUGGGAAGAGAAAAAUGUCACCAGUACUGGCCUAGUGAUAGAUCAGUUAGGUAUCAAUGUUUUGUGGUUGAUCCAAUCGCCGAAUAUAACAUGCCACAAUAUAUCUUGAGGGAGUUCAAGGUUACAGACGCACGAGACGGUUCCUCUCGCACGAUGCGCCAAUUCCAAUUUACAGAUUGGCCGGAACAAGGUGUACCCAAGUCGGGAGAUGGAUUUAUCGAUUUCAUUGGUCAGGUACACAAAACCAAGGAACAAUUUGGACAGGACGGGCCAAUCACGGUGCAUUGCAGCGCUGGUGUGGGCAGAACUGGUGUAUUUAUAACUUUAAGCAUAGUUUUGGAACGAAUGCAAUAUGAGGGAGUGGUUGACGUAUUCCAGACAGCUAGAAUAUUAAGAACGCAGCGACCCGUUAUGGUUCAGACUGAGGAUCAAUAUCAGUUUUGUUACCGCGCAGCUUUGGAGUAUUUGGGUUCCUUUGAUCACUACACUAACUAAAGAUAAAGAUAUACGAUGGUAGGAUGCUCAUGAACGAUGAGCAGACAAUAACAGCUAUUUAUUCAUACAUCUGCUGCAUAUCUAUUGUUACUGCCAAAAUGGACAACAAUGAGCAAGUCUUAUGUUAUAUCAAUAGUGAAUUAAAUAAAUAGUGUGCAAGUGUAUGUAAAACUACGUGCCUAACGUAUAUGUUGGAAGAAAAUAUAUAAAUAAAUCUAUAUAGUUUGCUCUAAUGUGCACAACCGUGGACAAUUAAGGGACUUUAGUAGGUUUUUUUGUAAUAAUGUAUUGUGCAAUUUUUAAAACGUAUCAACUGUUAAUUUCAGCAAUAGUUCAGUAAUAUGAUGAAUUCCGUUAAAUUUUUGAUGUUGUAAUGUUAAUUUUUUAAUGUAUAGUUAGGUAGACAUUCUUAAUUAUACAUGUUGAUCUGAUUAUUUAUCUAGAUUAGUAAACCCAUUAAAUCCCUGUUUUAAUUAUCAUCUUUACUCCACUCAUAUUUAUUGUAUAUUUAUAUAUACUUUUAUUUCACUACAUAUCUUUUAUUAUAUAUAUAGAUUUAGGCAUACUUGUCUAGAUAUUUUUUAUUUUUUUAUAUCAUUCAAUUGUGCAUUUUGGUCCAUGGCGUUUUCAUUUACUUAAUAAAAAUGUGUAUAUUAUUUUUAAUAUAUUCAAUUAAGUACAUAUCUUAACUAUAUUAUAAGUAUUCUAUUAUGUAAAGUAUGUAGACUGAUUUAAAUUGUCAAGUAAUUUUUUAAGUUUAAUGUAAACUGUUUAUAUUUUGUAAUACGUCACAACCGUUGUAGCACAUGAAUGAAUGAAAUGAUAUUUGAAAGAAAUAAAAUUUUAGAUUUUA